GGCGGGGCACGCCGGGUUUCGUGACGCGCGGUUGGAUGUGAGUUACGAGGGCAGCCGCAUGGGUAGAGUUACGAUUUAAAUAGUGGUUAGUGAAGUCAAGCGUGAAGCACAGCGGCUCAAGAAAAGCCUGAACCAAACAGUUUCCUAGUGUAAAAACACCACAAGAGCUAUCAUGACUGACAGGAAGGCAGUAAUAAAGAAUGCUGAUAUGUCUGAAGACAUGCAGCAGGAUGCAGUGGAUUGUGCAACACAGGCCAUGGAGAAGUACAACAUUGAAAAGGAUAUUGCUGCUUAUAUCAAGAAGGAAUUUGAUAAGAAGUAUAAUCCGACAUGGCAUUGCAUUGUGGGACGGAACUUUGGCAGUUACGUGACGCAUGAAACGAAGCAUUUCAUCUACUUCUACCUGGGUCAAGUGGCCAUUCUUCUCUUCAAAUCGGGCUGAAAGAACAUCUGUCAUUUAUGAAAGCUUGGACAUCGGCUCCAAAACUGGACUGUGAUGCACUGAUGGCUUGAGCCACUCUCAGAUACAUACACACAGACACACGCAUACACACACACAACAAAUGCUUACAUUCUGUUCCACAUACACAUUCAUGACUUUAGCUAUAGAGGCUGUGCAUAAAUGCAUAGGCCAUGUAUAAUAUUUAAUUUGUAUAUGUGGCAAUACAGUAACGUUUGCUUUCUGUAGUUGCACGAGUUGAAGCAACAAGAUGAUUUAUGUUCAUUUUUCCAAGUCCAGAUUUGUUUUUGCACUGAAGUUGUACAAAAUGCUUUAAUCGCUGCCUUUAAAUGAUAUUAAAGAUUAUGUCAUACGUAUUUUGCUUAUUUGUGUAAAGCAAUUAUUUUUGCCUAAGCCGUGGUUGUUUUUUUAAACGCUAAUUGUAUGGUCUAAAUUUAAAUGCUUUGUGGAUGAUACUGUAAGAUGGUCAGUUGUCUUCAUUAGCUUUUCAUGACAUGCAGCUCAAAAGCUGAACAAACUUAUCUGGAUAGGAGAGCACUUUUCUGCUGAGGCAGGUAGUCAGGCUUGUCGAGUUUGGUUACUAAUGAGCCGAUCUGUCUGGAAACACUGGACCAUUAAAGGGAUACUAUACCUACUGGAUUUCACGGACAAGCAUCUACAAAAGGCUUUUAUACCUUUUUUGCCUUCUUGGGAAAGCAAGGGUUCUCCUCACAAACCUUUAGUCACAAUGACACUAAAUCUCUCCUAGAGGAAUGGCAGACCUACUCCAAAUAUAUUCUGUAGCUGUUUCUGUUUUGGAUAAGCAUCCUUGAUAAGGGCUGGGUUUUGCCUUGUUGCUAUGGAUGAUGUCAGCAAGUUUACUGACUAUGCUCACAGUGGCUGGCUGAUAGGAGAUGGGUCUCUGUCAGUCAUUUAAUCAUAAAAAUAUUAAAAAAUGAGGUAUCACGCUGAUGUAUUUAAAUUAAGAUCUUAAAAUAAAAUUGUAGUCAUAUUCAAAUAUAGUUGUUGCCAUAUUCAAAUUAAGAUUAUAAAAUAUACGCCUAAGUUACUUUUUU